AUGUCCUCCCUCUUCAUGGAGAGGAGGAGCCCGUCUCCCGUGCCGUCGAGUGGAGAGGACACCAACCGGUCCGACAGCCCGCCCAGGAUCGGCAGCCUGUCCAGGGACUCCCAGAUCUACGCCAGCCUGCAGGGACCACCACUGGGCCGAGAGGGAACCUGCGAAGUGCGCUCCGCAAUCGGGACACGCCGCGCCUCUACCGCCGUACAGGAGUGGAGCGUCCCCCGGCCUGGCCAGGCUGCACCGCCUGGACAUAACGCCCUCCCCCAUCAGGGACCCCCGCUGGAGAUGGGGGAGUUUGUGGGGAAGGCCAGCCCCACCCCGCACCGCCAUCAGCCCCCGCAGUACACCGGGGACAGCUGGUCCCCCAGCCUGGAGCGCAAGCAGCAGGCCACGUGCUACGCCCAACAGUCAAGGGACGGCCCAGAGAACCACCGCAGCAGGGGCUACGAGGGACACGCCGCCGAGACGCCCGUCAGCUGGACCUCCCAGCUGCAGCACUGGAGGGAGGAGAGGCAGACGGAGGAGCAGGAGAAAUCCAUCCGGCUUCACGGCACAACUCCUCCGGUUAUCUCCUCCCGAGAGGUGGAUAAGAGGAGAAGGAAUGUAUCGGAGGCAGAACGAGGUGGAGGUGGAGGUGGAGGUGGAGGCGGCAGUGGGGGUGGUGGUGGCACUCCAGGCUUAUCUAAAAGCUCUAGCGGUGUCACCGGGAGCAUCGGGGACAGUUCGCAGUUGGAGAGAGACUGCCUCUCCGCGGAGUCGUCCAGCCAGACCAGCCAGAGGAGCAGCAACGGGAACAACACUGCAGGGGUGCAGUCUGAAGACGCGUCGGGGUUGGAGUCUGCCCUGCGUUCUCAGAAGAUAGCUCGUGCCAAAUGGGAGUUCCUGUAUGGGGCGCCCGCUCACGACCAGCGUGGACCCAAAGACACUCCUAGUGCCUGCACUGCGCCCUCUAGUGGCCACUCCGGUAAGCCUCCCGCCCCGUCCUCUCCUCCUCCUCCCUGCCCAGGAAGCCCCAGCGAAGCCGCAGGGCCCAGGGCCCAAAGAAGGACGAGUUCCACCGCCUGAGCUAU